ACAAACUUCUCUGCAAAGGAGUCAUAUCACCUCCUUUCCCCCAUACACUGCAUCAGUGACCAGCAGAAGUGCAAUCAGGUACAGAAAGCAACGGGUGAAGAGCAAAGAAGCAGCCAUGAGUACCAUGAAGUUUUGCCGUGAAUGCAACAAUAUCUUGUACCCAAAAGAAGACAGGGAGCAGAAGGUCCUCCUUUAUGCCUGCCGCAACUGUGAUCAUCAGGAGGUUGCUGACAACAACUGUGUAUAUAGAAAUGUGGUACAUCAUUCUGUUGUAGAGUUCACACAAGUCCUGCAGGAUGUGGCAGCUGACCCAACUCUUCCUCGUACCAGAGCUGUACAGUGUGCCGUUUGCAACCAUCCCGAAGCUGUCUUCUUCCAGGCAACGACUCGAGGGGAGGAAGGAAUGACGCUGUUUUUUGUCUGCUGCAAUCCAAGCUGUGGCUACAGAUGGAGAGAUUGAUGGGAUCACAUGUAAAUGUUGAGGCUUGAGUUCAUCUCUCGGUGAAGGAACGAAUCAAAUGAACAGUUUUGGGUUAUGGAUGGUGAUUAAGGAGCAUUAUGAAUGAGGUGAUGAUCACAGUGGUGUACGACUCAAAACUUAAAUCACUCGCAACAGUUGUUUAGAUGCCUAAUAAAUUGUUGGGAGUGUCUUUCUCCCUUCCUUCCA